UGAUUACAGAACAGGAGGAGGCAUCAGGUGAGGUCUGGUAUCUUGCCACACGACGACCCGGUGUCACCAGCAAUGGAAGCUUUUCGCCUGUUGCUGCCGUGUACAACAAAGCUUCUCUCCGGCCGACGUAGCGUUAAUCCCUGGAGGAGCAUCGGCCACUGUCACCUCCACAGAUAAAAGAUGAAGCCAGAUCCUUCCUGUCCCCAGUUACACGACAAACCCUCCCAAAGAGGAGAGAGAGGGGCGGAAUCUGCAGCCGAGCAACAGCGCUCCUCAACGUGACGCUCAUUCCUUGCUCGCUAUUCCCAGUGUAAUCUGUACACAUAGAGGCGUAUGCAGACAGAGGCUCCCUCUCCCUGGCACUGCCAUGUCUAUCAGCCCCACCAAACUGACCCCCUGCCAACUCCAACCCAGAGACAACGCUGGAUUAACCAGGUGAAACCUCCCAGAUCCCCAGCUGCGAGGAGAGCCCGGGAUAUCAAUAACCUCUGGGAUCUCUUUUUCCAUUCACAAUGAGAUUUGGAUCUUUGGUGGGGAAAGUGAGUCCACGGAGCUGACUCUCAUCAUCCAAGGGUUUCAUGGCACGCCAGUCACCAUCAUGGGCUCCUGUAUCUCUAAAGAGUUUUUCUUCAGUGGACACAAAGAAAUUCACUUCUCCUACAACCACACAAAGCCGAGCAGCCCCCCAGCACUAUCUGCUGAAAUACCACCACCAGCAGAGGGCACUGCACCCACCGACAGCCCUGAGGAUGAUGAUGAUGAUGAUGAGAAGGAGGAGAAUGAUGUACUGGGGCAGAAAUGUUUUAAGACACCCAAUGGCUACAUGUGCGAAUCCAAAGCGAAUUCAGUGAGCUAUGACAUCACAGAGCUGGCGACCUCCUCACUGAUUGGUCUGGUGCAAACCAUUAAAGACCACAUCACCAAGCCCACCGCCAUGGCCCGUGGCCGGGUGGCCCAUCUGAUCGAGUGGAAAGGCUGGAGCGCCUCUCAAUCCGGCUGGGACCCCUCCCUGACCGAUGAGGAACACUACUCAGACCUGACGGACGAGCUGAAGGAGGCACGAUUUGCAGCAGGGGUUGCCGAACAGUUCGCCAUCACUGAAGCCACUCUCAGCACAUGGUCCUCUUUGGAUGACGAAGAGAUGCAUUAUGGGCUCGGCUCCCAAGACGUCCGACAGCUUCAAGAUCUGGAAAGUCUCUACCUGCAGAGUCGGCUGCUGAGCUACGCGCAGGGGACCUGCGGCUCCGACCUGGGGGGCAGCCUCCCCGGCCUGUCCUAUUCUUCCGCCAUGUCCUUGGCUGCAGCUUCCCAACAAGUUCUGCCCGUGGAGAGAUGGGACGUGAGCGAGCCCCGAUCUCACCAGUCCAUAUUCCCCAGCCCCUUACUCAACGGCGGCAGAAGCAGCAGCUCUGACAACUCCAAAGCGGCGGUGCCGGCAGAGGGUGAGAACGCCCCUGAAACCUGCAAACCCCGACUCAACAGUUCUCUCCACUAUGUGGACAGCAGCUCGCUAUCGGAGGAUGAGGUAUUCUACAACUGAACUGGAGCCUCACUGGUCAGCGACUACUCUACCACAGUGGACUGGGCAGUGUCAGUGUGUGGACUCCCCUGAUUUCAGAGGAGACUUUGUCUAUGGAUCCCGGGGGUAAUCCACAAAGCCCAGGAUCUGUGACCCCUGGGAUCUCUAGGUUAGAGGUGGACAUAGAAGAAGGUGGACAUAGCUGGUCAGUUGAGGAGCAGUCCAUGGAGCAGAACCUGGUCUAGAACUCUUCUAUCAGCAAUAUCUUUGUCAAUAUGAGGGGUCUGGAGCUCUUCCAGGGUCCGGCCUCGAGCCUUAUUUCACAGGAACGUGUCUCGUGGUUCCACGUUGGUCACCGGGUGCCGGCGCUGUGUGUCGUCCGUUUCUGUCAUGUGUGUCCUGUGAAUAUAUUGGCCUUUUCUGUUA